CCGGGCUGCUCCACCAUGGCCGCGGUGCACUGCGACGCCUCGCCGGGCUGGGGCCGCAACGUGACCUUCGCGCUGUCGCCGAGCGCGGAACGCAGCGAACGCAGCGAGGAAUCGCCGGAGCGCUCCCCGAAGACGCGCUCAGAGUGUUGGGAAGCUUUUCUGGUUCAGGCAAAAGCUGCUCAGGCCACCCAGUGCUUUGUCUUUUCUCAUCGCCGAUUGGAUUGUGUGGCGUCCAGUGCGCUCAUCAACUACCUUCAGGAGGAGUGUGAAGCACGUUUUGCAGAUCUCUCCUUCCUGAAGAAAUGGUACAAGGUGGACGCCGAAGCCGCAAUGGCUCUCCAACAAGGUUUGAGGAAGCUGAGAUCUCUUUCGUUAGACGGCAAUGUGGUGGAUACUGAACUUUGGUGCCAAGCACUUCAGGCACAUCCGGGUCUACAGCAUUUGUCGUUGCAGAAGACACAUCUGGACGACAUGGACGCCACACGCUUGGCGGAGGUGCUUCGAAGUCAGUCCUUACUCUUCUCCUUGGAUCUGAGCAGCAACGAAAUCUCGGAUCUGGGUGCCUCUGCGUUGCUGAAGGCCUUGGAGGAGAACUUUGUGCUACUGGAGCUCUGUUUGGAAGGGACCGACACCAGUGAAGAGAUGCGGAACUCGGUGAACCUGCUGCUGGAGAGGAAUCGUUGCAAGUACCACGGUCGCCGCCCCAUCUCCGAAUUGCUGCGAAGCUUGCGGCGCGCGCAGGCUGAAGCGGUGACCUGCCAGGUGCAGAUGUCCCAAGAUGUGGACGAAAUUGCAAGCCAAGUCCCAAGCUGUGCCACCAGUCGUAGGACGAGCCCUAGGCCCUCGCGGCCAGGCACUGCCACGAGCCGCGGCGCUUUGACCGCGGCGGGCGACCUCUCGCGGGGCGAGGGGAUCUUCGACGAUCCGGAGUUGGAGGAGGAAGAAGAAGAACUGGAAGAGCCUACAGAUGAGCAAGAGAUGGCUGAUGCAGUGUGGUUCGAUGCGGACGACGGCCGGCGGCUGCUGGCAGAGCUCAAUCUGCGCUGCGAGGCGGGCUGGCGCUACAGCGCCGCAGAUCAGGAGGAGAUGGUGGCAUUUCGAGACAUGAUCAAGGAACUUCAAGCCUUGCGCUGGCGCGAGCGCCUGCGCCACGAGGCCGCCUUGAAGCGCCUGGCGGAGGCACAGCGGCGCUUCAACAUGCAGACAUCUCCGUUUGAGACGAGCAUGUUUGAGAUUCAACAGCAGAUUGAAGCUGUAAGUCUGGAGGUCAAAACCUCUCACGAGCAGAGGAUGACCAAGCAGGCGGAGCUUGAAACAGUUCAAAGGGAGUGUGAGGUGGAGCAGGAGGAGCUACUGCAGACCCAACUGGGCUUUCAGAGGGUGAACAACAGCCUACGCCUGAGGCAUCAAGAGAUUGGAGAAGCUUUGCAGGCCCUGCGUCGGGAGCAGAACCUUCAUGAGGGCAGCAUUGAGGCUCUUCUGGCUGACAAUGAGAGGUGCAGACGAUGCCUCCAUGCUGUCCGUUUCGAAACAGAGACGGAGCGCUUUGUGCCCCAUACGACGUUGGAGCGGCUGAAGCAAGAUCCAAUGGUCAAUAUCAAGUAGAGUUGGAGUGCAAAGGCCUCCGAUGACAGGCAAACAUGGCAUCAUCCAGAAAUGUCAUUGGAUGCUCGCG